CCCUCCCAGCCACAACAUUGUGGUGAAUGGAAAACAAUGUGUCAACUUUGCCUCAUUUAAUUUUCUGGGAUUGUUGGAUAACCCUCGGGUCAAGGCAGCGGCUCUGGCGUCUCUCAAGAAGUACGGUGUGGGGACCUGCGGGCCUAGAGGAUUCUACGGCACGUUUGAUGUGCACUUGGAUUUGGAAGACCGCCUAGCAAAAUUUAUGAAGACAGAAGAAGCCAUUAUCUACUCAUAUGGAUUUGCCACCAUUGCCAGUGCUAUUCCUGCUUACUCUAAGAGAGGGGACAUUGUGUUUGUAGAUAGAGCUGCUUGCUUUGCCAUUCAGAAAGGGCUGCAGGCAUCGCGGAGUGAUAUCAAGUUGUUUAAGCACAAUGACAUGGCUGACCUGGAGCGUCUACUAAAAGAACAAGAGAUGGAAGAUCAAAAGAAUCCUCGCAAGGCUCGGGUCACACGACGUUUCAUUGUAGUGGAAGGGCUGUAUAUGAACACUGGAACUCUUUGUCCUCUUCCAGAACUGGUUAAGUUAAAAUACAAAUACAAAGCAAGAAUCUUUCUGGAGGAAAGCCUUUCGUUCGGAGUCCUGGGGGAGCAUGGUCGAGGAGUCACUGAACAUUUCGGAAUCAGUAUUGAUGACAUUGAUCUUAUCAGUGCCAACAUGGAGAAUUCCCUCGCUUCUAUUGGAGGUUUCUGCUGUGGCCGAUCUUUUGUGAUUGACCAUCAGCGACUUUCCGGCCAGGGGUACUGCUUUUCAGCUUCGUUACCCCCACUGUUGGCUGCCGCUGCAAUCGAGGCUCUCAACAUCAUGGAGGAGAAUCCAGGUAUUUUUUUAGUGUUGAAGGAAAAGUGCGAACGAAUUCAUAAAGCUUUACAAGGCAUCUCUGGGUUAAAAGUGGUGGGGGAGUCCCUUUCUCCAGCAUUUCACCUGCAGCUAACAGACAGCACUGGGUCUCGAGAAAAAGACGUUAAACUACUUCAGGAGAUUGUAAAUCACUGCAUGGACAAAAGCAUCGCAUUAACCCAGGCACGCUACCUGGAGAAAGAAGAGAAGUGCCUCCCUCCUCCAAGCAUUAGGGUUGUGGUCACAGUGGAGCAAACAGACGAAGAACUGGAGAGAGCCGCGCGCACAAUCAAGGAGGUGGCCCAGGCUGUGUUGCUCUAGGCCGGGUCCUAGGGCCAGGCGGGCAGCCGCCACGCGGCACACGCACAGGCCUCUGCGUCACUGCCUUGUGACCUGGGA